AAAUUUAGUUAGUCUUUUUACAAGAUAAAAUGAGACGAGAAGCCCAUCAAACAUUAGAUCGUUUUUGCUUAGUGGAAAUUGUAAAUCAGUAAAAACGUGAAGUCAAAACACUAAAAACACGCAAAAAUGUUCAAGAUGUGGAUGAUUGUUGUUUUUGCAGGAAUUAGUUUUGAAGAGGUAAAGACAACGUGUACAAGUACUUGUAGCUGUGGACCAAGUGGCAGUGGAGGUAUGACAUCUCAUGAUAAAAUGCCAGCGAAAAAUAUAAAACAAUGCACGUAUACUGCACUCAAUGACGACACAGAUGAAGGACAAAUUUUGACAUGCAGCUACAAAAAGAAAAGCAGCAACACAGCACUUCGCAUGACCUAUGUAGGAGAUAUGAGAGUAGUCAGCUCGAAAAAUGCAUGUCGCCGUUGGUUUAUCACAAUAAAUGAAAAAGAAUGUACCUUGUCAUCAAAAAUAGAAUCCAUCAAUUAUCCAGUUGGAUUAAUAGGUCUUAAUUAUCAUCGAACAGGAGUGGUGGAUGGAAUAUGUGAAGGUAUUUCUGCAGGCUCACUCAGCAUUGGGUUAUCUGUUGGGAAAUGCAGUCAGAAAGGAUACGAAAACAAUCCUGGUAAUGCAUUCACCUGUUUUGGAUCCAUUUGUCGUAUUAUUGUCGAGGAGUUUACUAUUUUGUAAAUGUAACGAUAUACUGUAACGAUAUAAAUGUAACGAUAAUGAUAUACUGUUUUUGAGGAGUUUGGUAUUUUACGUAUAAAAAGUAGAUAAAAACUACAAACAACUGUUCGAAAGGAUUGAAAUAAAUGAGUAUAAAAAAUUCA